AAAGAUGUAGCUCCUUGCACCUCGGAGUAACUCCGACCGACGUCUCUACGUAAAAUAUACUUUCUAAUACAUCAUUUGUGUGUAAUUGAUUAAUUUUCAUGACGAUGGUAAGAAUGCUCAUAAUAUAUCACUCAGAACACAAAAUACCUAUAUACAGUCUUGUAUCUGAAAUACAGAACGUUUAUCAUGCGUUUUAAAACUGUUCCUGUAAGAUGUUGUGGUUGGAGGCGACUAAUGAGAAACAUUUUAUACAAUUGAUUUUUUUUUCUUCUGUGUCCUGUGCCUAGAUCACAUUCAAUCAAAAUUGACCUCCCGUCCCCUUUCAUAUUUGCGGAUAAAGAGAGUUAAUUUAUAUACAUGUAUGUGCAUAUGAGAAUAACAGCUAAUUUGUACUCCAGCAGUUAGCAAUGUGAUAUAUUAGCUAAAGUACAUCUAUAUAACAAACAGCAAUUAUAUAUCAUAAUUCGCAAUUAAAAGUAUACGGUCACGUGGGGUCUGGAACUUGUUUCACAGUCCAUAAUCGGGUAGUGUGGUGAUGUGACUUGUCGGUGACAUAAGUCUGUACAAUAUUUGUAAACAAUAAACAAUAAGUCGUUGUGUUGACAGACGGUUGUUGACGGUACGGAUUUACUCUAUAAAUACACUGACCAGAUCACAGGGACUUGACACAACAUACUGACUCACGAUACAUAUAUAGACAUUGACCCUGGGCUGUGAAUUGAAGCCAGAUCCCUGUGGUAUAGGCAUACUUGGAUGACGCACUGGUUAUAUGGACUAUUCCGGGGACUGUCUGGCGAUUUGAGAAAACGAAUAUUUGGCAAACUAUUUCGACAGUAAACAUACCUUAUCAAAAACGCUUACUUCGUAUUCAAUGUGGACGAGAGUGAUUGACGUUGUUAUCGUAAUAAAGAGGGGUUUUAUUCCACUCUGGUAUCAACGUAUAUAAUUAUGCAGCUGUUUCCUUGGAACAGUAAUAUCCAGUGGAGUAUCCCUAGCCAUGUAAACGAGUGAUGACAUCUCAAGAUUCCGACGGCCAGGUGCUGAAAGGUGGACAAGCUAACUUCAUGGAUUAACGACACGGGGAUUAUCGGAUUAAGACAGGUAUAAAUCCGACAGAUGAUAUGGACAACCGACUACCACCACUUAAAAACCAAAAGAAACAAGUGUACGUUAAGGUUGUGUUCCUCAAGGUGGGAGAGAUCGACACCAUCAAGGAGAACUUUGUAGCAGACGUGUUUAUACAGGCAAGAUGGCGGGAGGCACAACUCGACAACAGGACGGCCACGGAGAAAGACCUAUCCGAGUUCUGGAGUCCCCGGCUCCUUGUCCAUAACGUAUUGGAUGCCUCCAAGGAUCGGACGUGGAAGGAGUUGGUCCAUGACAGGGAGGGCGCGGCGUACGUCGUGGAGAAACGCCGCAUCAAGGGACAUUUCUCCGAGAAACUUGAACUCAUGGAUUUUCCCUUCGAUUACCAGAGCCUGAGCCUCCAGAUCACGUCAGAAUUAUCGGAAAGCAAGGUAGCUAUCGAGGAAGACAACAAAGAGAUUAGCGCUAUCAAUGUCUCGUGCUUUGUGGACGAACAGGAAUGGUUACUAUACGACUUUGUGGAGUCCGUACAGGAGGUGUCGACGAGAGAAUUCUCGACCAAGAAGCACAUCCAGUUUCCGUGGUUGGUGGUGGGCUGCAGUGCUGUAAGGCGGGCGGGAUUCUUCGUAUGGAACGUCAUAAUGAUAAUGACUUUGAUCAGCUCCAUUUCGCUGGCGACGUUCGCUGUGGACAGGUCUCUUCCCCAGAACCGUCUUCAACUCUCCAUCACACUUAUGUUGACCAGUGUGACGUUUAAAUCUGUAGCCAGUGCCAACAUUCCCAAAAUUUCCUACUACACACACCUGGACAGAUAUGUGUUGUUUGGGCUGUUGUUUACAUACAUAGUAUGUAUAUGGCACGCGGUCAUCUCGAGAUUUAACUAUGACGUCAAUCUUGGAGAGCUGAUGGAUUUCUGGGCGUUCAUGUCAUUCCUAAUAAUCUUCCUCCUGUUCCACUUUACUUACGGGGGAUUCCUUAUUAUACAGUAUUUACUACGCCGUAAACAGCUGACAGCUAAGGAAAUGAAAUAUGAGGAGAAGGCACUAAAGUUACUAGGGAGUACGUGGAAAAGUGACCGACAGUUAAACAAACGACACAGGCGGAAACCCAUACGGAUGUCACGUGUACGGGUAGCACAUAUACCGGAACCGGAACCAGACCUGACAUUUUUAAUGGUAGACAAAGACGACAUGUGAUGCAUUCGGAACUCCGCGAAUGUGACUCGCACCACAGAUUAUAAGAGGCUCUCAAGAGGAGUUCCGAUCGAGAUGAGGAAAACCAACAUUUCCGGUGACCUUGCCGACUUGUUAUAUAUGACCAGGGCAUUUCUUGUCAAAACUUCGUAACUGUGGUGUCCGCGAGUGUCAAAAUGGUAAAUUAAAAGAUUUUAAAUAGAGGGACUCGGCAUGAAUUUCUAAUCCCACGUAUGUACAUAUGUGGUAUAUACAUGCAACCACGGAUUGGGAAUUUAAAGGAAAAACUCCGGAAAUAAAUGUGUACGCAGGUUUCUCGAAUAAUUAAAUAAAUAUAUUCUAAAUGAUCUGUUAUGCUAUAUCAAAAACAAACUUGUUUAUUUGAUAUGGCAUUUGUCGUAAGCUCGUUUCAUUUGAAGUUUGCAAGCUCAUUUAAUAAAUUCAAUAUUACAUUAUCAAGUCCCUGUGAUAUAAAGCUGUAUCUGUGAUACAAUAGAGUAUAUAUAUAAUUUUUCAUAUUUUUUAUCAUAAAAGUGAAGUAUGUCAAUUAAAACAUAUUUUGUCGGA